UGAAAAAGCAGAAACAGUGACGGACUCAGACAGGUCUCAGCAUCCUUCAGGUGAAUGUCUGCGGCUGCUCGGACGCCUGUAGACGGGGAACUCUCAGAGCCGCAGAGACGCAGCUGAGCCGCCGGCACGAGCGCUCUGCAGCUGCUGGACCCGCUCAGGCUCCAUCCUUUAGGUUUAUUUAAGUUAGUCUGUUGUUAUUUAAACGCCAGCGGAAAUGGCGCCCAGCCUGUCCACGGCCUUUUCCCGCCGGUGGUGGAUGGCCGUUACUGCUGUCAUCGAGAACCUGCUUUUCUCCGCCGUGCUGCUCGGCUGGUCGUCCCUACUCAUCAUGCUGAAGUCCGAGGGCUUCUACUCCUACCUGUGCAGAGGACCAGACAACAGCUCCAGCCACAACAUCUCCAACUCCUCCACCGGGGAGGCCAAAGGUGAGGGUGAGGAGUUCCUGCUCAUGAACAACUGGCCCAUCUGCUUGGAGCAGGACGAGAUGCUGAACCUGGCCUUCACGGUCGGCUCCUUCCUGCUGUCGGCCAUAACUCUGCCGCUCGGCAUCGUCAUGGAUAAAUACGGGCCACGAAAGUUACGACUUCUCGGAAGUGCCUGCUUUGCCUUCUCCUGUCUCCUCAUCGCCUAUGGUGCCAGCGAUCCCAACAAUCUGUCCAUCCUGAUCUUCUUUGCGCUGGCGUUGAACGGCUUUGGAGGCAUGUGCAUGACCUUCACCUCGCUGACGCUCCCCAACAUGUUUGGAGAUCUGAGGUCAACCUUUAUAGCUUUGAUGAUCGGAUCGUACGCCUCCUCUGCUGUCACCUUCCCUGGCAUUAAGGUGAUCUACGACCUGGGUGCCUCCUUCAUCUCCAUCCUGCUGGUUUGGGCCAGCUGUGCCUGUCUGGUCUUCUUCAACUGCUUCAUCAACUGGCCUCUGGAGCCCUUCCCAGGACCGGAGGACAUGGAUUUCACGGUGAAGAUCAAGUUCAGCUGGCUGGGCUUUGACCACAAAAUAACUGGGAAGCAGUUUUAUCGGCAAGUGACCACAGUCGGCCGCCGGCUCAGCGUGGGCCACUCCAUUAAGCAGCAGACGCCCCCUCCUUCGGAUCUCGCCACGCAGGACGGGAGCAAGCUGUGCCUGUCCACCGUUGACCUGGAGGUGAAGUGUCCGGGCCAGGAAGAGACUCCAUCCUUCAUGAAGAGUAUCUUCAGCCCCAUCUUCUUGCUGAGCCUCAUCACCAUGUGUGUCACUCAGCUGCGGCUCAUCUUCUACAUGGGGGCCAUGAACACCAUUCUGGAGGCGCUCACAGACUCCAACCUAAACACAGGGGAGAGGAUGCAAGUGGUGAGCGUCUACACCUCCAUCUUUGGCGUGCUCCAGCUUCUGUGUUUGAUCACCUCUCCUGUCAUUGGUUACGUCAUGGAUUGGAAACUCAAAGAGUGCGAGGAUGAGAACGACAAGAGCAUUAAAAGGGAACCUGGGCAGCCGCGCCGUCCAGACAAACGGAUCCAGAAGAUCGUCAAUGCCACUAGAGCCUUCAUUUUCACUAACCUGCUCCUGGUGGGCUUCGGAGUCACCUGCAUUAUUCCCAACCUGUCCCUCCAGAUUUUGUCUUUCAUCCUCCACACUAUUGUCAGAGGAUUCAUCCACUCUGCUGUUGGAGGCCUGUAUGCUGCUGUGUACCCGUCCUCUCAGUUCGGCAGCUUGACAGGCAUGCAGUCUCUGAUCAGCGCCCUGUUUGCCCUUCUCCAGCAGCCCCUCUUCAUGGCCAUGGUGGGGCCUUUGGAUGGAGAUCCUCUAUGGGUGAAUGUUGGGCUGUUGGUCCUGAGCAUGCUGGGAUUCUGCCUACCCUUCUACCUGCUGCUCCACAGUCGCCGCCUUCAGCGUCUCAGAGACGAGCAAGACGAAGACCCCAAGAUAUAUGUUAAGAUGAACAACGGCGGCGCUCCUGAGGACAGCGUGUAGACAGAGGCUCAGACGCUGGAGGAGGGAGAACACACGUGUGAGGAGCUGCACAGCGUCAGCAUCUCAGACUGACAAACCUCAUGUUUACCACAUACAAUAAAUACAAGCACACCACUGCUUAUCUACAUGAGCGAACACUCACAUGGUGUGUCCGUCCCUGAAGAACCCCCAGACAGUCUACGGGGGAGAAGCACAGAGACACCUCCUCAAAAGUCUCCUCCUUUUACUCCUGCCGUUUUGAUCCUCCGUCACUCGUGUGGUCUGCUGGUUCAGCUACACCUGUCACACUUCAGCACGGCAGGGGGGGCGACAAACACCCCCUUCACUGACAAUGAAGACAAUCUGGAAACAGAAAGCUCUCAUCUGUUCAGAGCUGGUUUGGUGUCAACAUUUUGGACUCUAGGAGCCACGCUAAGUAUUGUUGUCCGUCUUUGUUUGAGGUGCCACUCCACCGCUGACCCGUCAGCUCUUCGUUACCUUAUGGACUUUCCCUGUGAGGAAAACGCGCAUGCACACUCUGAAGCAGCACUCUCCACCUCUCUAGUGCUCAUGGACAUGUGAUCCUCACAGACAGAAACUUGCAGCCUCAACCACGGAUCAACAUGUUGGUAUAUCCGUCCACAUCUCCUCCGCUUUCAGUUUGUUUCUUCAUUUCAAUGGUUUGACCGUUUCUUCUGCAUCAUUUUUAGCAAUAAACGCACACACAUACAUCUAAAACAAAACAAGCACAUUUUGAUGACUUUUCCUGAAUUUUGUAAGGUGCUAAUUGCAUUUAGAAACGUGUGGUUUCUUCUUUGAGCGGUGGUUGAGGCUGUACAAACCAGCAAAUUUCCAUAAAUUACGGAGGUGGAUUCCAAAGAACUGCUCAGUUUAGGUUUUGUGUUACUUUUUUUGUAUGUUUUUAAAAAUCAUUUUGUGUUGAUUGUGUACAGUAUCUAGAAUGCAGCCACAACAGAGCCACUCUGGGAAACGUGAAUACACUUCUUAAAGACACAAAAGAUGAAGAUGUACUCAUACAAAGCUAAGCAUGAGAGGACUACUAUAUAGUUGCAUUUACAGAAGCCUGGAAUCUGUUCACACAAAGAGAUGAUUUUCAACCUGUUGCCUUUGAAUGCUCACAUAGAAGCACAUUAGAUAUUGUCUUGCUUGACCAGCACUCUAAAGAUGGUCACCUGGUGUGGAGUAUGUCUCCACAUGAGAGGAAAAGUGAAUCUUCUCAUCCAGCUUCAUGUUUCAUCGUUUUCCCCAAACUUCCCUUAAAAUGAUCAGAGGUGACAAGCUUAUCGGCAAGCCUCUGCUGCCCCGUCGUGAUCCCAGUAAAGGCCUUCAGAGAGAAUGGCACACGAUGCACUUUAGAAACGGACCUCAGUCAUGUAGUCAGCAGGCCCCCGCACCAGCAAAUUGCUUUGUCGUCUUUAGUUUGAGAUUCAGAAUGUAGGAACAGAAAGGUAUAGAUUUUAAAUACUUGGGAAAAUGUUAUUUUGUGCAUUUUUAGAUGGCCUUUAUGUGCAUGAAAAACUAGUCUUUUCUCUUGAGUUUGAAACCUUUUAGGUUGACUGGCCGCCUAUGAUUCCAACAGUUACUUCCUUUCUUUUUAUUGAUUGAUGUUAAUAGACAAAUUAAUAAUUAAUGACAAAUGGGAAGAGGGAAAAGAAAACAAUAUUUUAAAUGAAUUGUAUGUUAUUAUCUGGGAAAGUUGAACCCUGAUGACUCAAAACUGCAACUUUGCACCUUUUUCAAAAGCCCAGUAAGACAUCCUUCCUGUCAGGAGUGUUACAGGAAUAAUAGUCCUUAAAUCUUGCAUCGUUUCAUGUAAUAUGAGACAGAAGGCUGGUUGCAAUGAAUGAGGAGUCCUGGAAAACAGGAAAUCUCCUGCCAUAAGAAUGGACAGUAAAGCUCUCUGAUUAUCAAUUCUUCUGAGGUUCAGUGACAGUAAAAAGCAGAUUUUACCUAAAAGAUCUGUUAUUUGCUUGCCAAGUUGGUUAUUUUCCAUUUAGUGCAUUGAUAUGGUUUUUAUUGUCUUUUAGUUGAUCAUUAUUCUUCUCUAUUAUUUUUUAUAAGAACGUGUGUUUCUGUCAUUUCAUGUCUGAUAAAUCUGUGGGUUUUUGACUGUACUGUAGUAUAUUCAGGAUGUUUUCAACACAUGCUGUUACGGAAAAAAAGGCUGAAUCCAAUAAAAAAAACUAAAUCAACA